AUGUCCCUCCUGCGGCGCAAUGUGGGCCAAGUGUCAGACUCAGGCCGAGAGCGGGGAGGUUCGACGAUCUGGGAAGAUGAAGCCGAUGAGUACUGGAAGAAGAUGGAGCCGGCCAAGCGUUGUCGAAGAAUCACCAACUAUCUCGGUGGACUUGUGGUCUUCGUGCUGCUCUGCGGUGGCGUCUUUGUCGGCGCUCGAACGGCAUUAGACGCAGAGAACAUUGCAGCGUUGAAAGCCAGAUUCAUGUCCCCCAUAGUAGCCGUCACUCCUGAAAACGUCUCGAAUGUCGAAACUAAACCAGUCGAAGCUACCGCCACAGUAUCGACUCCAGAGCCUGCAAACUCAGCAUUAAUUGAAACAGACCAUGAGGUGCUACGUGGACGCUGUCGCGUACUCGGCGUACAGACUCGCUGGCAUGAAGAAACGUGCAGGAAGCUCUGCGUGCGCGACCCGCACAACGCCGCGUGUAUGAACGGAUGUUCGUACGGCUCCCUCACAGUGACCAAGCUCGUGUGCGACAAGAUGGAGGCCACUGAAGCCGCGUCGGCCUCGCGUUGCCCCGACGGCGUGAGCUGCAUGGAGGCGUGCCGCGCCUACGACGACGAAACACCCUUCCCGGACCUGCGCAACUCGUGCGCUCGCGGCUGCUCCAACAUCGUGCCCUCGGCCUGCGCUCGCUCUCUGCAGAUUUACCGGGACCUCGCUCAAGGCACGGUGCAGUAGCGGCCACCAGUAAUUAUUCACACAGCACAUAGCAACCACCUCCAAAAAGGCACUAAAGAUACCUAAUUAUCGCCAUCCU